AUGACGAGUGGUGGCGGCGGCGGAGUCGUACGCCGGAACCUCCUGAGUCAGCGGUCUCGCAGUGACGCCGGAACCCGGGGGCGCGCGGGGAAGAAGAUGGCGGCGCAGCGGACGCCGGCUUCCGCGGCGGCGGCGCGGGGCAUGUCGUCGGACAACGCCAAGGGCCUGGUCCUCGCGGUGUCGUCGAAGGCGCCUUCAUCGGGGCCAGCUUCAUCGUCAAGAAGAUGGGGUUUCAGGAGGGCCGCCGACUCCGGCGUCCGCGCGGGAUAUGGCGGGUUUUCUUACUUAGUGGAGCCUCUUUGGUGGAUAGGCAUGAUUUCUAUGAUUGUAGGUGAAAUUGCUAAUUUUGCUGCUUAUGCAUUCGCUCCUGCUAUUCUUGUCACUCCUCUUGGUGCACUCAGUAUAAUCAUCAGCGCUGCACUUGCACAUGCCAUUCUACAGGAGAAACUGCACACAUUUGGUAUACUCGGUUGUGUUCUCUGUGUUGUCGGAUCCAUCACAAUUGUGCUCCAUGCUCCACAAGAGCGUGACAUUGAUUCUGUAAAGGAAGUUUGGGAUCUUGCAACUGAACCAGCUUUCCUUUGCUAUGCGGCCAUAGUAGUUGCAGCAGCCUUAGUGCUUAUAUAUUUUGUUGUCCCUCACCAUGGACAAACAAACAUAAUGGUGUACAUUGGAGUGUGUUCUCUUCUGGGAUCACUCACAGUUAUGAGUGUAAGAGCUCUUGGAAUUGCCUUGAAGCUAACAUUCUCUGGAACAAACCAAUUAUUCUAUCCUCAGACUUGGGCCUUUGCACUAAUUGUAGCUACCUGCGUGAGCACCCAGAUUAACUAUCUAAAUAAGGCAUUGGAUACAUUUAAUACAGCAGUAGUCUCACCGAUAUAUUACGUGAUGUUUACAUCACUAACAAUUAUAGCCAGUGUGAUAAUGUUCAAGGAUUGGGACCAUCAAAAUCCAACGCAAAUUGUAACAGAGAUGUGUGGCUUCAUGACUAUCCUAUCUGGGACGUUUCUUCUUCACAAGACAAAAGAUAUGACUGAUAGUCCUGGACAAUGUUUGUCCACACGACGGCCAAAGCAUGCUAGUCAGAAUGCGUUUGCAAUUGAAGUCAUGCCACUAAAAUGUCAAGAUUCUAUAGAUGAUGAGACCUUGACGUUGUCACUUCCCAAGGUUGAAAAUGGUUACCUAAAGGAAGAGCAUCUUCUUAGAUACAAGGACUCAAGUAUUGUCUGA